AUGGAUCUGCAUCAGAGGUUGCAGCUUCGCUCCGACUCGUCGGAUGCGUUUCUUGAACUCAUUGCGAAUCCCUUCAAAUCACAGUUCACCACCAGCUCCAUCUGGGCUUCACUCGGCACAUCCGUCGGUAUCUCCCUGCUCCUCGCUAUCCUCUUCUCCCUCUUCCGACCUCGUCACUCCCUCGUAUACGCUCCCAAGGUCAAACAUGCCGACCGAAAACACGCCCCGCCCCCGGUGGGCAAGGGCUUCUUCUCCUGGAUCAAACCCGUUAUCAGCACCCGAGAGGCGCAGCUGGUGGACACCAUUGGACUGGAUGCGGUUAUCUUUUUGCGCUUCAGCAAGAUGUGUCGCAACAUUUUCAUCUUUAUGAGCAUUAUUGGCUGCGCAGUCAUGAUUCCAGUGAACUUGGCCGAAAGCAAGACCAGCAGUUCCUCAAUCUCCACGUUCGAUCUGAUGACACCCCUCUACGUGACAAAUCCGAUGGCUAUUUGGAGUCAGGUGGCAUGCGCUUGGGCUUUUGAUAUUAUUGUGGUCUACUUUCUCUGGAGGAAUUACCGCGCUGUACGGACCCUGCGGAGACAGUACUUCCAGAGCUCGGAUUACCAGCGGAGUCUUCAUGCGCGAACACUCAUGGUCACCGAUAUCCCUGCCCCAGACCGCUCCGACGAAGGCAUUCUGCGCCUCACCGAUGAAAUUAAUCCCACCGCCGCUUUGCCUCGCGCUGCUAUUGGUCGUAAUGUGAGGGAUCUGCCGCGCAUCAUCAAGGAGCACGAGGACGCCGUGCGAGAGCUGGAGUCUGUACUUGCAAAGUAUCUUAAGCGGCCCGAUAAUUUGCCUGCUAAGCGCCCCCGCAUUCGUCCACCCCGCAGCCAGCGCGACAAGCACCCUGAUGGAAAAGUGGACGCCAUUGAUUACCUGACUGUGCGUAUUCGGGUUCUGGAAGAACAGAUCAAGCAUGGCCGAGCCUCUAUCGACCGUCGCGAUGCACAACCCUAUGGCUUUGCUAGCUGGGCGAAUAUCGAACAUGCGCACGCAGUUGCUUGGACAGCCCGUAAGAAGCACCCUAAGGGCACAACCAUUAGGCUCGCUCCUCGCCCCAGCGAUCUGAUCUGGGAAAAUUUACCUCUUACCAAGGCCUCGCGCAAGUGGAAACGAUUCGCCAACUUCAUCUGGGUUACUGCGCUGACCCUUGUGUGGGUCGUGCCUAACGGUCUGAUCGCUGUUUUCUUGUCCAACUUGUCGAAUUUGGGUCUCGUGUGGCCUGCUUUCAUGACUCAGUUGGAGGCCAACCCAAAUGUUUGGGCUGCUGUUCAAGGUAUUCUGUCACCUGCAGUGACUUCGCUCGUUUAUCUGGUACUGCCGACUAUCUUCCGACGACUUUCAAUUCAGAGUGGCAGCAAGACCAAGACUUCUCGCGAGAGGAAAGUCAUGGGCCAAUUGUAUGCUUUCUUUGUCUUCAACAACUUGAUUGUCUUCUCCCUCUUCUCUGCUGCCUGGACAUUCGUAUCUACUGUGAUCGAGGAUACCGAUAAAAAUGAGACUGCCUGGCAGGCCAUUGUUGACAGUCAGCUCUACGAGAAGUUGGUGAGCGCUUUGUGCAAUGUGUCUCCCUUCUGGAUUACCUACCUCCUGCAGCGUAAUCUGGGUGCGACCAUUGAUCUUGUUCAGAUGAUCAGUUUGUUCUGGGUGUGGUUCUCCAAGACUUUCCUUUCGCCGACACCACGUCAAGCAAUUGAAUGGACUGCGCCUCCUCCCUUCGACUAUGCCAGUUAUUACAACUACUUCCUCUUCUAUGCCACCGUUGCCAUGUGCUUCGCCACUCUGCAGCCAAUCGUGUUGCCAGUGACCGCAUUGUACUUUGGUAUCGAUGCCAUGUUGAAGAAAUACCUGCUCAUGUACGUGUUCGUCACGAAGAAUGAGUCCGCCGGUGCAUUCUGGCGGGUCGUUUUCAACCGCAUGGUCUUUGCAACAAUUCUUGCCAAUGUUAUCAUCGCCCUGGUCGCCUUGUCACAGGGUACUCAGACCAUGGCGUAUUGUGUCAUCCCACUCUUGUUCUUGAUGGUCGGUUUCAAGGUUUACUGCUCGCGGACAUUUGACCCAGACUGCGAGUUCUACAACCGUGCCAAUCUUACCGAUGCAGAGGCUCUCGGCCCUACCAAGAUUGACAAAAAGGCAUCGGACCGCCUCAACGCCAAAUUUGGUCACCCAGCUCUGUACAAACCUCUUAUGACCCCCAUGGUCCACGCCCGUGCAGCCGAAACACUCAAGAAGAUCUAUCAGGGUCGCUUGGAUGGCGGCGAGCAUGUGGGCGAAUACUCCGAUAUCGCCAUGAACCCGAUGCUCCCGUCCGAACCCGGCAAGGCUGCCGAUCCGGCGCCGUUCGAGGUUGUCCCCGAGAACCAUCUGGACUUCUCAUACUACAAGGACCGUCCCGAUUUCCGCGAAGAAUUCGGCGGAGGCAUCUACGGUCGUCCGGAGGACUUGAUGACAGAACGCUCACAGACCCCUCGCAGCACAUUAGGCGGCGAGUGGUCUCCCAGCUCUUCGCGUGCCUCUUCCCCUGCUCCCUCUUUGCCAUCAAUGUCUGCCUUAAGGCUACAUGAUAACUACGAGACGACUGACCCCUCAGGUCUCAUCCAUCCUGCAUUCCGUGUUCCACUUUCGCGGGGCGACAGUGGCAAUGAUGUCGGUGGUGGCUUUUAUCAAAAUGCCAAUGAGAGCGAGACAAGACUUCUCAGCAGUGCGCAGACACCCGCACAGACUGACACCAACCCGCUUGAUCGCUGGCGUGCGGGAGGCAAUGGUUAUGGUCCUGUUGAGCAGCAAACGGAGGAAGAGCAUAAUCCGUACACGUACACUUCGUACGAUGCGUAUCGGGCGCCGCGUUAA